AUGGGUCGUAAAGAUUUCGUUCAAGACGUCAAAAUUCUUAAAGAACAUUUUCGUGGCUUGAACUCAAAAAGUGCUUCAUUGGUUCAAGGUUUUGAUUUUCAAGAUCCAGAGUUAAGCUUCAGAUUUGGAUACAAGAUUGGAAAAUCAAUCACUGUUCAGAUUUUUGUGAACGUUGUGGUUUAUGUUUCCGACUCGUCAUUACAGUCGUACCCUACCAAAUUUAGCGCGUUUGUCUGUGUAGACGCUGCGAAUGAAGAAGAAGCGAAUAUUGCGGCGAAAUGCUUGUCAAAUGUCAACAUUGAAAAUAAAACCGUUAGCGAAAUUGUUGCUACAAUUAUACCAAAACUAUGCGACUAUUUCCGAAUCGCGCUUCCCAAGGAUCUUUCAAUGAACGCUUUAAUACCAGUCGUUCAAACGCCUGUCAUGCUGCUUAAUAAAGAUUUGGCUGAAUUGAAACAUUUCCGGUAUAAUGCUGAACUACUUUGCGCAGAUGAAAUUGGUUUUAAAAUAGUUGUUUCAAUGCCUGUAAUCCGCCUCGGUCUUAGUUUAGAAGCCUGUGAAGCUUGGAAUUUGGAUCCUGAACGUUUUUUGGUAUGCAUUAUGCAAUUUUCACCUAGUUAUAUUGAUUUACAGGGUGUAAUUUCUAAUGCCCUUCAAACAAAAGCUUAUCUUAUUAAAGAAGGGGGAAGUUAUCAGGAUAUUAAAGAUUCAUUAAAAAAACAGUUCCCCAUAACAUUUACAGUAUUAACAUCAUCAUUAUCAAAGGGCAUGCCAAGUCAGUCACAUCACAAAGAUGAUACAUUGGAAAGUGACCAUUUUGUCCUUUCUUGGACUUUAACCGAAUUAUUACGACAAAAAUUCUUUGAUAUGUUAUGUGAUCGCAUGUGGUUUGGGAUAGGUUGGUCAGGUGCAGAAUAUGCGGAUUUAAAAAGGAAUAAAGAGCUGAAAUCGGAUUUCCUUAAUUCCGAACGGUCGUUAUUUAAUGGUCAGGUUGAUGAAUGCCUUUCACAAGAUGAAGAGCAACAUGGAGUCUUAUGCUACCUUGAAUCAGAGGAGAUGGAAGUUUCAACAGCUUCGGCAAAUAGGAAUUUUCUUUUAUUGGUUUUAAGAUUUUUGCGACGGAGGAUAUUACUUUCGACCAAAUAUUGUCUAACUUGUCAUUACCCUCAUACAGAAUCAGUUUCAUCUAUCAGACCUUUUGUUUGUGGUUCGGCUUUGUGUCAGCAUCAAGCACUUGUAGGAUUGGGCAAUCUCUUUGAGGCUGUAUUGGUAAAUAGUCCUGUGGUCGUUGAUUUGUUGAUAUCAUUAUGUCAUGUAGCGAUAAGUGGGCAAAAUUUAAGUCCAUUUCCAAGUAGAGCAAUAGGUGUUACUACUACUACAAAAUUUGAUGUUCAGAAUUCUUUAGUAGUGGAUUGGGAUAACAAUAUAGGUACUGUUGGUACACGUACCGACAAAGGUUACACUGUAUACGGAUGGAAAGGAUUUGAUGAUCAAGUUUUGGUCAAUGAUAUGUUGGAAGUAUUUCAUCCGGAAACAGGCCUACCUUUUACUGUAAACAGAUGUAGUCAUGCUACGUCUGUGCGUGUUUUGGAAGUUUCGGCAAAUACCUUAAUAAUCGAUUUUCCAAUUACCGUUUCUACUUCAACUGUACCUAAUCGUCAUGUGUACUUACCAUUUCGAGUUCAUCGACGGAGCGAAAGAAAUUUUUUAAAUUCUGAUAACACUCCAAAUUAUUCACUUAUACUCACUAUCAUUGAUAAAUUACCUGCAGUUAACAUGAUGGUACAAUAUGCAAAGAAAAAGAUCUUAAAAAGUGAACUCGACAAAUUGGAUCCAUUGUGUUUUCCCCUCUUAUCAUGGAUAAUUUCUUCUAAUAGAACUCAUUUACGUUUAUUGGAAUCUGAGGAAGAAAAGGUUCAAUUUAAUCAAAAUGAUUCAAGUUAUAAUAAUUGGAAACAGUUUGUUAUGAUUAUGAGUUCGCCAGAGAAAGAAGAAACUUUUCAGCGAGAGAAAGAAAAACUAAGAAACGAAAGAAGAGGUCAAGCUUUAGGAGAAUUGUUUGCUUUUCAUGGUUCACCUCUACACAAUUGGCAUUCAAUUAUUCGAACUUCUUUAAAUUGGAAGAAGGUCGUACAUGGACGCGCCUUUGGUGAUGGCGUAUAUCAUUCUCUUCAAGCUCAGACGUCAUCAUCGUAUGCAGGAGCUUCUUAUUAUCAUCGCCAAGAUACCGGCUAUUGGAAAAAUUCUAUGUUAGUUGUGCAAAAGUGUAUGGCGCUCAGUGAAAUUGUUAACCGACCAUUACAAUUUAUAAGUACAAAUCCUCAUUUGGUUGUCCAGGAUGAAUCUUGGAUUACAACACGUUAUCUUUUUGUUGAGUGUUUAAGAGAUCCAAUGGAUUCAACAAACGAUGAAGAUGAUGAUUGGACAAAUAAUCAAAAUAACAACAAUUAUGUACCAUCAAUCCCAUUAUCAUUAACAAAUCCGUUAACGUCCUGGACUCGUCGUCCGAGAGAAAACUCGGAUUAUAUAACGUUGGAUCAUACAUACACUCCUUUAUGGUUAAACAAUCAACCUUUACAAAUUCCCAUACGAGAUUUUUCUAUUAUUAAUAAUGAUAUACCCGAUGAAAGUUCGAUUGGAAUUGGUCAGUUUAACUAUGACCUUUUCGAUUCACAAGAUUUUAUCAAGGGAUCUGUUAUAUCGUCAAAUAAUCGAUCGACAAUAUUUGAUACUAUUGACGAAGAUACUAUGGACGAAGAUGAGGAUACUGAAGAUGAUAUGGACGCAAUUGACAAUGACGAUGAUGAUUUUGAAUAUGAUGAUAAUUUUGAUGACGAUGGAUUUGAAUUUCAAGAAAAUGAUGAAAAAAAUAAUGAUGAAAUAGAUGACGACGACGAUGAUGGCAUAGAUCUUACGCUACUACCUAUCCCUGCCGAAUCUUCUAAGGGAGCUACUCAGCGUAUUUGCAAAGAACUAAGAACUAUUAUACACAAACAAUCAGAACCAUCUAAUGAUUUAGGAUUCUUUAUUGAUACCAAUAAAUUACGAUCAGUAUAUCAAUGGGUUGUUCAACUUACGAACUUUGAUUCUAGUCUACCACUUGCACAAGACAUGGCAAGAAACAGAGUAAAUUCUAUUGAUUUGGAAGUUAGAUUUGCACCUGAUUAUCCUUUUGUACCCCCAUACGUUCGUGUUAUUCGCCCUAGGCUUUUGAGAUUUAUGGAUGGAGGGGGUGGUCACGUUACUGCUGGAGGAUCUAUUUGCAUGGAUCUCUUAACCCUUGGUAAUGAGCGUGAACGUGGAUGGUCCUCUGUUUAUACUAUGGAAGCUGUAUUAUUACAGAUCAAGAUAGCAUUGAGUUCUUUGGAUCCAAAACCAGCAAGGCUUGAUCGUAAUUGGAAUUGUGAAUAUAGUCCUGGUGAAGCCAUUGAUGCGUAUAUACGAGUCGCUAAUCAGCAUGGAUGGGCUGUACCGCAAGGAUGGAGCUCUCUGUUUGGUCGUUAA